CAAACAAACAAACAAACAAACAGGAGUAAGAAGGUUCAUAGACGACCUGUAGUGCCAACAUGGCCGGCGUCUCUGCCAAUGCCAGUGCGCUUGUGGCACUCCUCCUCUCCGUGCUCGUCGCGUCCGUCCGUUGUGCGGCCAACUACGGCACCUCCGCCGCCAGAUCCUACAACUCCGGCUGGCUCCCCGCCAAGGCCACCUGGUACGGUGCCCCCACCGGCGCCGGCCCCAUGGACAACGGCGGUGCUUGUGGCUUCAAGAACGUGAACAAGUACCCCUUCUCCUCCAUGACCUCCUGCGGCAACGAGCCUCUCUUCGACGGCGGCGCCGGCUGCGGCAGCUGCUACGAGAUCCGAUGCGUGGCCGCCAACAACCCUUCCUGCUCCGGCCAGCCGAGGACGGUGGUGAUCACCGACAUGAACUACUACCCCGUGGCCAGGUACCACUUCGACCUCAGCGGCACCGCGUUCGGGGCCAUGGCCAAGUACGGCCUCAACGACAAGCUCCGCCACGCCGGCAUCAUCGACAUGCAGUUCAGGAGGGUGCGCUGCAACUUCCCCGGCAUGAAGGUCACCUUCCACGUCCAGCGCGGCUCCAACCCAAACUACCUCGCCGUGCUCGUGGAGUACGCCAACGUCGACGGCACCGUGGUGCGGAUGGAGCUCAUGCAGACCAGGAACGGCCGCAAGACGGGGUACUGGGAGCCGAUGCGCCGCUCCUGGGGAUCAAUCUGGAGGAUGGACACCAGCCGCGGGCUGCAGGGGCCCUUCUCCAUGCGCAUCACCAGCGACUCCGGGAAGACGCUGGUGGCCAACAAUGUCAUCCCGGCCUACUGGCAGCAGGACAAAGCAUACUGGUCCAACGUACAGUUCUAUUGAUUUUGGCUUAGUUAUCAUUACGUGCUUCUCUGAUUGAUCAUCGAUGCACAUCGAGUUGAUGCUCCCGCAUUUCUCUUCUCACCAAACAUUACCUGUUGUUCAUUGUGAGUGAUAAGGGCUUGUACAAUGCAAUGCAAGUUCUAUAGCAAGGUAUUUGUAAAAAGGAACCGGUAUUUAUUUUCAUAGGUACCGGCUUUUAUUUGUAUUGUAGCACAUAAGCUUACUUAUACACCUCUGUUAUCCGAACAAGAAUUGACACUGGCUGGCCAGUGCAUGUUGCCUGAU